UUCAGUCUUCUUCUUCCCUCCGAGAAUACACCAUUAUCCAGUUCAUCUUCAGACCGACCUGCAUCCCGAAAUGACCAAAACACCCUCCUUUCUCUCUCUAAUUUACACCCUUCCUGACAUGGAACUCAGUCCCAGCUUCCAUUGCUUCUGCAGCUCUCUCUCUCUAACAAGUCCCUUGUAAUCCAAGCUCAUGGUCAUGGGGGUUUGUGAUGUUCGGCCCCCACCUUUCCCGCUCGGCUGGAAUCGCGCCUUUCGUCCCUCUCGAUUCGGCGUCGAAAGGGCUCUUCUUCCCAGGUGCUUGUUUCAUCGAAUGCCAUUGCAAAAUGCUUUCAAGAUUACUCUGCAUCUCCGCAUUCAAAGUUGUUUGUUGAAUUCACCAGUAAUGUCUGCAAGCAAAGGCAAUUCUACUACAAAACGCUGGGAAUUGUGCAAGGUCCUUUGGAGUAUAGAAGCUGAUAUAGAAGAUGGCCAGCUUUUGCAUAUAACUGGGGACCUCCCUGCGUUAGGCUGCUGGGAACCUGACAUGGCUAUUCUCAUGUCUCCCUCCAGAGAACAUGCUAACUUGUGGAAGACUGAAAUAAAGGUGCCUUGCGGGUUGAAUUUCAAAUACAACUAUUUUGUAAAGGGAGAUAAGUGGCCUUCUAGCGAUCUUGUGUGGAGACCAGGUCCUGAGUUUUCCCUGUCAGUACCUUUGCAUUUCAAACAAAAUGAAAAGAUCGUGGUGAGGGAUUCAUGGAUGAAGACCAGAAUAGAGAGGCUUCCAGUUCCUUCAUGGGGAUCAUGGAUGGAGGACACAUACCUCCUUCCACAACCCAUUGAGGUUUCGGGGAAUCAUGUGCCAUCUGCAGGUGAAAAAGACAUUAUAAGAAGUCUUAAAAAGAUUUCUUUAGGGCAGAAGCCAUUCUCAGUUGAUCUUAUGGUUGAAGACAAAUCUCACUCUGUAGAUAAGGAAAUGACCAAAAAUGCUAGUAAUCCAAGAUGGAAUAAAGCACUGACAAUCUCUGAAAGAGAUCAGCCUGUCGAGGAGCCCUGGCUACUCCAAUCUAGUAUCUUCUCUUUUGAGUUUAAGGAAACGUCAGAUUCUAACAUAUCUAGUAAAGGGUCUAUUCAAAAUGAGGGCAAGCAACUGGAUUUUCAUGAGAAGGACGAUCAAGGCUUGGAGGGAGUAGUACCUGAAGAAGAUAAUAAACUAGCUCGUAUUGAGGAAUCCAUUUCUACUGUUAUACUGAUUAACUCUUCCAUAUGUACUAUGCAGAGAAUUGCUGUCUUAGAAGAUGGGAAACUGGUUGAGUUAUUACUGGAGCCAGUUAAAAAUACUGUACAUUGUAAUAGUGCAUAUCUUGGUGUUGUCACGAAGCUCGUUCCCCAUAUGGGUGGCGCAUUUGUUGACAUUGGUAUUUCAAGACCAUCGCUUAUGGACAUUAAGCAAAAUCGGGAACCAUUUGUAUAUCCUCCAUUCCGUCGUAAGACUAAGGAACGCAAAGUAGAAGGGUCUUUAAUUAGUGACCAUAAAGAGCAUGACCCUGAUGCCCAUGAACAUGACCUCGCUGCACAUAGAGAGGAUGAAAUCAUUGAUGAGUUCUUGGAUGCUGACCUUCAGGACGAUUCGGUUGAAUCAGUACGGUUCAUGAAUGAAGACUUUGAGGAACAUGAAGUUGAAGAUGACAUGGAUGUUUCUGAUGCUCUUAAGGGGAAUAUAAACGGUGCUGUUUUUGAUUAUGGUGGAGGGGAAGCAGAUUUUGAAGACUAUUUUGAAGAAAAUGGGCAUCAUAUAGAAGGGGAAACUGUUAAUGAAUUCCUUCCAUUAGAAAUGGAGAGUUCCAAUGAUUCUGAACUGUCACAUCACAUGCUGCAAGAUCUGAAAGUUUCUGAUAACUCACAAUCUGAUGUGAACAAAUGGGCUCAUGUUCGCAAAGGCACUAAAGUGAUCGUGCAAGUUGUGAAAGAGGGGUUAGGGACCAAAGGUCCUGCUCUUACUGCUUAUCCAAACCUAAAAAGCAGGUUCUGGAUAUUGAGCACUCGUUGUGAUAGAAUUGGGGUCUCAAAAAAGAUCAUUGGAGUUGAGCGAACACGCUUAAGGGUCAUCGCCAAAACAUUGCAGCCUCCUGGUUUUGGUCUGACUGUAAGAACUGUUGCUGCUGGCCAUUCCUUGGAAGAAUUGCAAAAGGAUCUGGAAGGCUUGCUUUCUACCUGGAAAGGCAUCAUUGAACAUGCAAAGUCUGCAGCUCUUGCUGCAGAUGAGGGUGUAGAAGGUGCAAUUCCAGUUAUUUUACAUAGGGCAAUGGGUCAGACGCUCUCUGUUGUGCAAGACUAUUUUAAUGAGAAGGUUAAGAGCAUGGUUGUUGAUUCUCCUCGGACUUAUCAUGAGGUCACAAACUAUCUCCAGGAAAUUGCACCAGACCUCUGUGAUCGAGUCGAAUUAUAUGAUAAACGAAUUCCUAUUUUCGACGAAUAUGGCAUUGAAGAAGAGAUCAAUAAUAUCCUCAGUAAAAGGGUUCCACUUUCCAAUGGAGGUUCUCUUGUGAUUGAACAGACUGAGGCAUUAGUUUCUAUUGAUGUAAAUGGGGGCCAUGGGAUGCUUGGUCAAGGAACAUCGCAAGAGAAAGCUGUUCUUGAUGUCAAUCUCGCGGCUGCAAAACAAAUUGCAAGGGAGUUACGGCUCAGGGAUAUUGGUGGCAUUAUCGUGGUAGAUUUUAUCGACAUGGUUGAUGACUCAAAUAAAAGGUUAGUCUAUGAAGAAAUCAAGAAGGCUGUUGAGAGAGAUCGAUCAAUAGUGAAAGUUUCUGAAUUAUCCAGGCAUGGACUGAUGGAAAUAACCAGAAAGAGGGUUCGUCCAAGUGUCUCAUUUAUGAUUAGUGAACCAUGCGGUUGCUGUCAUGCUACAGGGCGAGUCGAAGCUUUAGAGACAUCAUUUUCAAAAAUUGAGCAUGAAAUUUGCCGAUUGCUUGCUAUAUCGAACCAGAAGGCGGAUCCAGAAAAUGCAAAAUCAUGGCCGAGGAUCAUGCUGAGGGUGGACCGUCACAUGUGCAACUAUUUGACUUUAGGGAAGAGGACGAAACUAGCGGUCUUGAGUAGUUCUCUCAAAGUCUGGAUUCUUCUAAAGGUUGCCAGAGGUUUAGCCCGAGGUGUGUUCGAGGUGAAGCCAUUUACAGACGACAAGGCAAACAGUGAUCAGCAGCAAGUCGCUAUAUCAAGAUUACGGCCCACAGAGGGCAGGUCAUACAUUCCAUCCAGUAAAUUGAUGGUGUUCCCAGUCAAGAAAUGGAAGGGUAGUCGGAAAUGAAGUUUGGUAAGCCAUUGGAUUGCAUGGCCCGGUUUCAACUGUACAGGUCUGCCUUCGGUUGGCAAUGGCAUUUACUCCACUUGGCCUGGCUUACCUGACAUGCUGUUUCUUGCCUUUGUGCAGUUUUUUCUUGAGUUACUCUCAUGGCCCGCUUCUGCAAUUUUGUUUUCUGUAGACAUUUUUUCCUUUUUAAGAUUGCAUUUUUUGAAUUAGAAGUUGCAUAAUUUGUAAACUUGGGAGUAAUUAUCAGGCUGUGAUGCAUCAGGACUUGAACAGUGUCCCAAUAUCCCCAUUCUGUGCAGGUGGAGCACAUGGUUCAGAGAUCCAGACAUCAAUUCGAGGGUCCCACAGCAGACAUGGAACUGCCUAAAAAUCUCCACAACAGCAAGAUCUUAACCCCUUUGGUCAGUGGCGCUAAAAAAGAUUAGCAAUACAAGAACAGGCCACAAAAAAAGUUCAAGGAGUGAAUGGAUCUGGUCUCGUGAUCAGGAAACAUUUUAGGGCAUCCUACAUACAGUGUGGCCCAUCAUAUCAACGGCUUGGAUCAUCACUGAUCCAUAGCACAACUGCACUGAGUGGGUGCGUUAGGACACUUCAUGUCCUGUCGCAUCAUUACCUGAUAAUUGGCUCUGGAUCUUUUAUGACUGUCAUAUCCAGUGGAAGUCACAUUGUCAGCAACUCACUGUGUAUAAAGAGCAUCUGUAAUUGGAAUUUUAGAAUGCAUUUCUGGCAUUCAAACAUGUUUUUUUUUUUCUUUCAUUAUUUCAAUUUAUUGUAAUCCAAAUACUAUAAUUUAUCAGCCUUGUAAUCACAUCUUAGAUGUUUUGGAUUUU